AUGGAUAAUACAAUACCAACAAAAUUGAUUCUUUUCAAGAAUGAUGAAAAUACCUUUAAAGAAUUAAUUAAGGACUUUUAUGAGAAAAUCAUCAAUACGGUUUCUUUUGAUAAUUUUGAGAAUUCAUCAAUCGAAUGGAUAAAGAUCACACUUGUACAAAACGAUUUAAAUGUUGAAACAUUCCUUGAAUUCAUGCAGAAUCAUGAAGAGAGUGAAACAUGGUUUUCCAGUUUAAUUGGGUUUUUUUAUCAACAUGGGAUAGGGUGUAACGUUAAUGAAGAUGUCGCAUUGAAAAUGUAUUCGUUGGCAAUUAAACAAGUUGAAAUUGUUAAUAACACAAUAGCAAAAUAUUUAUUAUCGUUGUUUUAUUAUAAGGAUAUCAUUUUAGCUAAAGGUAAUUCGGGAAAUUCGAUUGGUUUGACCAUGAUUAAACCCAAAGUUAUAAUUUCGCAAUUUAAAAAUUUUAAAGAUAUUCAUGAAAGGAAAAAUUAUUCGAAAUUAGAAGAAAAUUUAAAUUUUGAUAAUAAUAAUCCUGAAACUUGUAAUAAUGAAGAAGAAGAAGAAAAUCUUGGUUUAGAUUUGAACCGUCAACAUGAGAUGGAAAUUGAAAAGAAAAGGUUUGAACGAUAUAUAAUAUCCGCGAGAAGAGGUCAAAGAUGUGCAUUCAAUGCUGGGUUAAUUAAUUAUAAAAAUGGUGAACGUAAAGGCAUACCUAAUGAUGUCAAGUCGACUUGUUGGCAGGAGAAAGAGAUAAUUCAUAAGCGAUUGAAAUUUGACGUUAAAAAAUGUUUAAAUGCGAGUCUCAUGAAUUUAUCAAGAAAGCAAUCGUAG